ACAAACAAACAUCCUUCUCUUCCAUGACCACAUGUGAAUGUCCUUGAAUGACCUCUUGUGGAUAGCACCAGGCUUUACCUGAUGCUGGCCCCUCCCCCUCCCCUGGUAACCUGCCCCCACUAACCCCACCACACACACACACACACACACACAUGCUUCUCUAUUCCCAUAGCUCCUCCCCCACCACCUCCAUGUUGUGCACUGGGCGUGCACGUUCAGUCAGCAGAAUGGCGUCGCUCAUCCUGCUGCUGCUGCUCCUCGCCGUCACUCAGUGUGCUCCUGCAGGUUUUGGUGGCCAUGGCCUGGACCUCUCAGCGGGUGGAGUCAGACGUCAAGACAUACUGCCCUACGACGGCAAGGGGAUGUUCCAUCCCGCCUGGCGGAGGGGAGGCAUGGUUGACGAGGGUUGGAGUGGACAGAGCUUGGAGCAGGCCCUUCAGUGGUUGGUGGAGAGAGACCAGAGGCGGGAGCAGGAGGAGCAGAGAGCAGCCUCUCACGUGUAUGCAGCCUACGCCCGUGCUUUGCUCCGCCUCCUCGCCAAGGCUGAGGCGGCAGGAGAUAUGCUAAUGGAAGAGGAUAAAGCACGGGGUGACUUCCAGGGCCCACCCCCGGCAGACUAUGAGACAGGGUGGGGCAUAAGUAUGGGCAGAUACCCCGCCCACUGGUUGACCCUGGUGGUGCCACAGCUGCUUCAGGCCCUGAUGGACAGGACGGAGACGCAGGUGGGCAGGGCCAGACACGAGAUAUUACAGCGAGACUUGGAUGAGGAUGAAGAUAGGAGACGUCUGCUCGCGAGCAUCCUGUCCAUUAUCGGCUCUGACCACGCCUCCCCCGGCCACCGCGUACAACGGCGUUUCUCUGUCAAGCCGCUAGAAAACGUGGGGUCUGCCUACAGGAGAAGCCGGCGCUCCCUUGAUGAUGCCGCCUUGCCAUUGCCAAGCAACCAGCCGCCGCUGCUCCGAGUGAAGAGGCGGAGCUACGACAACUGACACACCGGAGAGCCCUGAGCUCUGUCUCGCAAGUGCUGUACAGCAACAUGAGGAAGUAGGAGGCAAGGAAAGGGAAUAAGGAAGGAAGCAUUGUUUUUUUGUUUUUUUAGCCUGCUUCAAAAUUCCAGUGUUCCAGCUGAACUUUAACCUCUGCUGGCAGCAGGAGUGGAUUGAAUGUAAAUUAGUGUUUGUAAUGUUAACAUGAUGUGUGUGUGUGUCUGUGAGUGCACCGGAAUAAAGUUGAAAACGUUCACGCUG